CUUUUGGCACCCAGGUGGAACUACACAAAAGAAGCAAACUCAUGGCUCCAAGACACCGAAAGCAAAUAUGGAAUGACAAGGUGUGGCAUCUCACCUCACUUUCUCAUAUAGGAUUGCUUGUCCUCCUCUACUAAUCAAAGAAUCUUAACUAGCUUCAAGCUCAUAUACCAUAUAUUCAUAACCCUUCACCUCCCUAAUAUUACUCCCCCAAAACAUCUAAAUUGUCCUCACAUUACACCCUCUUCCGUCUGCACACAAAUGCACCCACCACUUGAUGAUGCAACCCGCAAAGUCCUAAUCGAAGGUGGCAACAAUGACUACGAUAACUACACCGAAGUUGACGAUGACUAUGCCGAUGAGACUUCUUCUUUCCUCCAUGUGAUCAAUACAAUCCUAAGCGGCACCGCUCGCCUCAACGUUCUCUUACCCACUGCAACCAUCCUCUCAUUCACCAUCUUUGCUCCUCUCCUAACCAACGAUGGCAAAUGUGAUAACCUUAACCGUUGGCUCAUGGCUUCCUUCAUUGGAAUAUCAGCUGCUUCAUGUGUUUUCUUCACAUUUACAGAUAGUUUUAGAACAGCUUCAGGGAGAUUAUACUAUGGGAUUGCCACAUUUAAUGGGAUAUGGACUUUUAAUGGAGGUAGAAAGAGACCAUUUCGGCCAGCUGAUUAUAAGCUAAGGUGGGCUGAUCUCUUCCAUGCAACUCUUUCCUUGAUUGCGUUUUUAACAUUUGCAGGGUCUAAUUUUGAUGUUGUGCUUUGUUAUUAUCCUUCAUUGCCAAGGAAGGUGACCAACACGGUUCCUCUUGUGGUUGGGUUUGUUAUAAGUGUAUUGUUUGUGGUGUUUCCUUCUAAGAGAAAGGGUAUUGGGUAUCCUUUCUUGCUUAGGAGGGACGCUUUGUACUUUAGGAGUUAAAGAGAGAUUUUUCUUAUACGUAAAGAGUUUGUUAUGUUAAUGAUUCUAAUAAAGAAAGAUGGAAGGUGAUGUGGGUUUUGAUUAUGGUAAAGCCGUGUUCUUGUUGACCAAAAAAUCUUUGAGGUUACCUCUGUGUUCACAUUUCAUCAAAGGCGAAAAAGGGUGUAUCAAAUGCACGAGAGUCUCGUCACUUCAAGUUUUGAAGAGAGUCAUAAUGUAUGUCAGUCUUAACCCUUACUUCAUAGAAACAGUCUUCUUACUAGUUCAAGGUUUAAAAACUCAGAAUCAAGAGCUGAAUUGGUCCUUGUAAUGGAAUGUCAAAUUGGUGCCACAAUAUUUGGA